AUGAUACAGGAGAUAGAGGCAGAGGAUACGAUUCAGAAGAUGGUUAGAGACUAUAGAUAUGCUACUGGAGCUGAUCAAAUGAUUGUAGACGUGACACAGGAGAUAGACUUAGACUUCACAGAAGACCUGAUCAGGAGACGAGCGGAGCACAAUAGCUGUGAAAUCUUCUCCUUGGAAGAACUUUCUCUUCACCAGCAAGAUCUAGAGAAGAUCGAUCAUGUGGACAAAUGGUGCAAGGAGCUGAAAAUCCUUUACCUCCAGAACAACCUCAUACCCAAAAUAGAAAAUGUUGGGCGUUUGAAAAAACUGGAAUAUCUGAAUUUAGCAUUGAACAACAUUGAAAGGUUCGAGAACCUGGAAGGCUGCGAGUCCCUACAGAAGUUGGAUCUGACGGUGAACUUUGUAGGUGAGCUGUCUACUGUUCAAAGCCUGCAGCACAAUGUUCAUCUGCGGGAGCUCUACCUGGUGGGAAACCCCUGCGCACAGUAUGAAGGGUAUCGGAAAUAUGUUGUGGCCGCAUUGCCGCAGUUGAAGUGGCUGGAUGGGAAGGAGAUCGAACGGUCAGAACGAAUCCAGGCCUUGCAGGAUUAUGGCCAAGUGGAGCAGCAAAUCAAAGAACAAGAGGAGGCUUACUUGUUGAAGAGGGCCAGAGAGAGAGAAGAGGCCCAGGAAAAAUCCACGGGCAAGACACCGCCGGAGAGGAAGCCGGGAUUCGAUGGACGCUGGUACACCGACAUCAACAACACCUUACCAGAUUGCGAGAACAAAGAAAACCGUCCUGAAAUGGCCCCGGGGGAUCCGGACGCAACAGCCGAUGAAAGUGAGGAGGACAAAGCAUUUUGGCAGGAGCCGACGCACUACACGCCAGAAAGUCGUUUAGAAAUGCACAGAUACCUUGAGGAAAAACGCAAAUCUAAAGAAAGCCAGAGUGAAGAUAAAAAGAAAGUAAAACCACAGCGGACGCUGAUUAUGGCUGAUGGACGCGCACUGAAUGUUAAUGAGCCCAAGCUGGAUUUCUCUUUGGUCGAUGACGAAGACAACAAUCAGUUCAUUCUGGACUUGGCCAUCUACAGGCAUCUGGACAUCUCGCUGGUCGAUGUUGAUGUUCAGCCCACCUAUGUGAGAGUGCUGGUGAAAAAUAAGCCGUUCCAGCUUGUGCUUCCUUGUGAAGUGAGACCAGACAGCAGCGCUGCCAAGAGAUCCCAGACAACUGGCCAUUUGGUGGUCACAAUGCCAAAGGCAUCAGAUCUGAUACAUAAAAAGAAAAUUAUUUCACCGGGAGCCAAAAAAACAGAAUGCAGUAAAGUGAAAAACAGCAGUGUGAAAAGAAGUGAAAAGCUGGAGGUGGAUCCAAACGUGUACUCCUUCCCCGAUGUGACCAGUAUCGUCCAAGAAAAGACAGACCGGGGCCAGGGACCCCUUCAGCUGCGCAGCUGCAGAGCCAGAGAAGAAAAGGAGAAAGAUGGCGAGUUCACUGAUAAUGAUGAGGUUCCACCUCUUCUAUGACAUGGA